AUGGCGGCGGGCGAGCAGGAGGCCCGCGACUACCUGCAGCGCCACCGCCUCCCCGAGCUGCUCCACCGCCUCGGCGCGCUGCUGCUCUACCACCGACCCGAAAGACCACGCGAGUUCCUGAUCCGGAUGCUGGAAAGGGUGAAGGCCGGGAAGCGAGCCGAGGGGGAGUACCCGUACCUGAUGGACGAGGCCAACCUGGCCGCCAUGUUCGGCUUGCUGGAUGUCGUAGGCCAAGGCCACAUAACGCCAGCGCAGUACAGAGAAGCUCUUAAAACAUUGGGACUGAGCACUGAGGAUCUGCAGCUUGGAGAUGAUGUGAAUAUCACGCUAGAUGUAUUCAAGGAAGAAGUGUAA